AUGAACGGCAUCGAAAACGGUCAGAACUUCGACCCGGCCUUUGACGCCUUCUUUCAGGCUCCCACCUCCUCAUCGCCGCACCAGCAGCUCCAACACAUUAUGGCGGAUUCGCCUUCCAUGGCUCAAUUAGUGGGACUCCCUCAGGCCGAUCCCAACUCUUCGCUCAGCGUCUUUGGUCACGAUACGACCAACAUGCGUCCCACCUCUUCGGGCAACAACCUUCAUCUCAACAUCUCGGGUCUUUCCGUCAAAAGUGAAGCCGAGCCACAGCUACAGCAGCAACAGCGAUUCAACAAUUCGCUCAAUUUUGCAAAUACCGCCGCUUCCUCACCUCAGUCGAAUCUUGCGUCGCCAGUCGAUGCAGCAGCGACGCCAUUCCACCUGGCCGGUGCCGCUUCGACGUCGCCGCUUUUGCAUCCCGAAGGCAUAGCCAACUCGGAUGCGCACCUCGGUGCACCCACCGCCUCUUCGCCGCUGCGAGCCGAGUACAAUCUCAACAAUGAGACAGCUCCCACAUCCGGCGCUGUGCGGUCCUACAGCUCCACAUCCAUCAAAAGCGCCACUGGCUCUCAGAACGCCGACAGUCCCACGUCCUUUGGCGGCGUCGCCAACCAGAGCAUGGGCGAUGUGUCCGUCGAUGAUCCCAACGUCACCGGCCAAUCCGACGCUGACCUCGCCGCGGAAAAGAGGCAGAGCAGCAAGUUUGUCUACAAGCUCUUCCGCAUGGUCAGCGAUCCCGACUACCAGCACCUCAUCAGCUGGAACCGCAACGGCACCAGCGUCAUGGUCUGCAACUUUGACGAGUUCGCCAAAGAGGUGCUCGGCAAACAUUUCAAGCACAGCAACUUUUCCAGUUUCAUUCGUCAGCUCAACAUGUAUGGGUUUUACAAGGUCAACAAGACACCCCGCGGUCAUCGCCAGUCUGUCGAUGCUCAGAUCUGGGAGUUCUCCCAUCCCAAGUUCCUGCGCAAUCGGCCCGACUUGCUUGACGACAUCCGUAGGAAGGCGCUGGACUCGGAGCACGCGCGCGUCGAGGCGCGAGACUUGCAGUACAGCGUCAGCGUGGGGCAGAUGCAGUUGCGACAGCAGGUCGACGAGAUGCACUUCAGACUCGAAGAGCUCACCGAGCAGAACAUGGCGCUGCGCACCUUCACCACGCAGCUCAGAGACGUGCUUGGACUCGUGCUUGAGCACGUCAAGAAGUCCAGCGGUGGCAACCUCGGAUUCGAUGUCCGCAUCCCUACGCUGGAUCUGCCUUCUCCAAUGCCUCCGCAGGGUCUGUGGACGCCGCAGGGGCACGACGGCCCACCCAUCUUUGUUACGGAACCCGAAUUCGGCGCAGGCGUAGGCCCAGGCGGUCUGCGUAUGGGCUCUGGCCCGACAAACCUUCCCCAAGGUAUGCAUGGAACACCGCCGACGUUCGACGCCUUUGGCAUGGCGGGAACGCCUCUUUCCCGACGCGUCUCUUCCAGUUCGGCGCACAGCGAAAGCAUGCUGACGAUGAGCGGCUCACCGAUGCAUGGCUCAGUGCACGGUGACGGUGGCAUGAUGGCGAUGGGAGCCAACAUGACACCGCAGCGAUCAGCUUCGUUUGGCGAGGGUCAGAUGCCACCCCCGCAGUUCAACAUCGGCCGCAGCGGUGGACCCGGCGCGAAUCGAGCCGGUCUCGCUGGGCUGGCUAUCGACACUUCGGCGUCGACAGCGGGUAUGUAUGGGCACGGCACGCAUCCCGGUUUCAGUCCGACGUCGGCAGGAUUGUCUGCAAGCAAUGCCGGAUUGGGGAUGAUGAGUAUGCCACCGUCUCCGCUGACGCCGCAGCACCAAGCCAUGAUGGCUGCCAUCAACACACCGUUGCCUCCUUCUCCGGCGCCAGGCGCAAUGCCCAAUGGGCAAUUCAAGUCGUUCGACGGGUCACCGUUCAUCGCUUCGAACGGGUUUGCGCCGCAGUUUGGCCACAACAACCUGACUAUGGCCGAUCAGAGCUUCUUCGGGCCUGAUGGCGGUGAUGGACCGAACGCCAAAGCGAUGCGAACGCAGCUGAAGCGUACGGCGUCGAAUUCGGGGCCAAGCGGGCAAGGGACACCUAGUCUGAUGCAACAGGCGACGUCGCCGGGGCUCGCCAAGAGGAAGUCCCCCGUGUAG